AUGGAAGCAUAUCGUAAAGCAAUGAAUCUAAAUUUAGUACCUAGAGGACCAUCAACAAUAACUUUAUUAUCGACAACAGCGCCAACGAUUAUUGAUCAAUCAAGGAUAUUUUUGGUUUCAUUAAAUGAAAAUGCUACAUCUAAUUGGUCAGAAUGGAGUAAUUGGCAACGAUGUUUCUGUGGAAAGCAAAUUCGAACACGUGUAUGUCAUUAUGAAACAUCAUUUUUAACAAAAGGAUGUAGAGGUAAAAGUUAUGAAUCACGUUCAUGUGAUCAAAGUGAUCAUUGUCCAACGACAACAACGCCAUUCUCAACAACAACAGCGCCUUUAACAACAAGCAUGAAAACAAAAUUUCGAAAAGCAUUCUUACAUCAACCACUUUCUAUUGCGACAAUGCAAAAAACAAAUGAUUUGAAAGGGAAAUAUUUGAUAACUUCAUAA